GAGGCGUAAUUGGUUGCGCAGUGGAGUCUCUGUUAAAUGCCUCUCCAGCUGAAGUGACUCCCCUCCUCAGCACUACUGAGCUCUCUCACCCCAUAACACUGCAAGCAGAGAGCGAACUUUUGGAACUCGUAAUCUUUAUAUUUAAUUUUUUUUAACGUAUUUUUUUGUUUGUUUGUUUGUUUGAAUAAUGUUUUGGUCACUGUUGUUGUGCGUAAUCGCAGCCUUUGCGUCCGCGCCGGCAGAUGCGCAAAUCUCCAGCCGGUACGUUAUCGGAUGUCCCGCUAGGUGUGACAAGUCGAUGUGUCCCCGGCUGUCGGCGGACUGUCCGGCUGGACAAGCCCUCGACGCCUGCCACUGCUGCCCGGUGUGCGCGUCCGGUGAGGGGGAAGCCUGCGGCGGCAGCGGAAAGCUCGGGGACCCCGUGUGCGGAGAGGGUCUGGAGUGCUCCGUCUCCGGCGGGGUGGCGUACACCGUCACGGUGAGGAGGAGAAGCAAGAGCGGGGUUUGCAUGUGCAAAGCCACCGAGCCGGUGUGCGGAAGCGACGGGGUGUCCUACCGGAAUAUCUGCGAGCUGAAGAAGGUCAGCCGCCGGGCGGAGAAGCUGCAGCAGCCACCUGUUCUUUUCAUUCAGCGGGGAGCGUGCGGGAAAGCUCAGGACAAUCCAGACAGCCCAAGACACAAAUACAACUUCAUCGCCGACGUGGUGGAGAGAAUUGCUCCGUCUGUAGUUCACAUUGAACUUUACCGCAAGAUGACCUAUUCCAAGCGGGAGGUGGCAGUGGCCAGUGGUUCUGGCUUUGUUGUGUCAGAGGACGGCCAGAUUGUGACCAAUGCCCAUGUCGUGGCCAACAAGCACCGGGUGAAAGUGGAACUGAAGAGCGGUGCUACCUAUGAUGCAAAAAUCAAAGACGUGGACGAGAAAUCGGACAUUGCCCUCAUCAAGAUCGAUGCACCGACCAAGCUGCCUGUGCUGUUGCUGGGCCGUUCGUCAGACCUGAGGCCGGGGGAGUUUGUGGUCGCCAUCGGCAGCCCGUUCUCCCUCCAGAACACGGUCACCACAGGAAUCGUCAGCACCACCCAGCGAGGGGGCAGAGAGCUGGGCCUUCGCAACUCCGACAUGGACUACAUUCAGACGGACGCCAUCAUCAAUUAUGGCAACUCCGGAGGGCCUUUGGUAAAUCUGGACGGCGAGGUGAUUGGGAUCAACACAUUGAAAGUGACAGCUGGCAUCUCCUUUGCCAUACCCUCAGACAAGAUUCGACAGUUCCUGGCAGAGUCCUAUGACAGGCAGUCCAGAGGGAGAGCAGCUGCGAAGAAGAAAUAUAUUGGUGUUAGGAUGAUGACUCUCACUCCAGCACUGGCCAAAGAGCUGAAGACUCGACACCGUGACUUCCCUGACAUCACCUCUGGAGCGUACGUUAUGGAGGUCAUUGCAAAGACACCAGCUGCGAUUGGUGGACUGAAAGAGCACGAUGUAAUCAUCUCCAUCAACGGCCAGAGGAUCUCAUCAGCGACCGACGUCAGUGCCGUCAUCAAGAAGGAAGACACCUUGAGGGUAGUCGUGCGCCGUGGGAACGAGGAUGCCAUCCUCACCAUUGUUCCCAUGGAGAUCGACCCUUGACCCUCCACACAAGUCACACCACAGGAGCUGGAGCUAGGUUUUACUUAUCACCAGUGGACCUUAUAUCAGAGAGGGGGCUUACCUGACACACCCCUCUCCCCAUGGCCAAAGGCCAGUGGCGCCACACAUCCAGGAAAAAUUCUGGUUUUGUCUUGAAAGGAACAACUGUACAGAUGCUCUAAAAGCAGUUCUGUACUUUGUUUUCCAUGUGUGUUUUCACUUUUAGUCUUUAAUGCUUUGAUCAAUGCUACUACUGUUUGGUCACAGACAUAAAAAGCUGGUUAUCGGCAAAUUGUUUUUAUCUGCUUUUUCUUGUUUUGUGUCUUUUUUAAUAUGGACUUUUGCUCAGUCAGGCCUUUUCUCAGUCAGGCCGUGUAAGCAAUUUAGAGACUCGCUGGGCAAAUAUUAUUUGUAUAAUUGAUGUUUUCUAAACUCUUUUUUAAAGUACUGUAGAAUGUUUUUGUUGAUUAUGUAAUGUAUACUGAGAAGAAAAUAAAGGGUUGACCUUCUUUUGUUUUGACACUCA